AUGGUCCUUCCGCACGGGCAGAACCCCCAAGUUGCGGACUCGCACAGCACGGGCUCAUGGCUGGAUACUAAUAAAGCUGUUGACUCUGAUCCCAGCACUACCACCAUCGACGGGAAACGCAGAGGCCAGAACUAUUCCCCCAUCCUCGGAGAUGACUUGAUAUCAAUACCUCGCAAACAACCACGAAAACCGCGCAACGAUGCCGCUACCGGUGCCUCUGCGGCCGGUGUUCGCGCCCUCAGCGCCCAGUUUGUCGCCUUUUACUUCCGAGCUCCGAUAAAGGCUUUCUUUCGGGCGAGAGUGGAUUAUAUGGCGCUUGCGCGGGCUGUGAAUCCGCGGGUUGCGGAUGGUAAAUGGUCGAUUCAUACGACGACGCCUGGGUUGUUGAUUCAUGCGGUUAAAACGUAUGGGUGGCAGUUUAUUCCCAAUCAAGUUUUGCCUCCUCUUAUGGCGAAUGCAGGUGUCGGUGCCGUCCUCUACACAUCCUAUCUCCAAGUCCUAGGAUCCCUCCAUGAACCCGUCCGACAAGGCGCCAAACGCGUUUGGCCUCCAGCCCCGCCUUCCUCAACCUUUGCCGCCGGAUUCACAGCCGGCACCAUUCAAUCGAUCGUAGCCGCGCCUCUAGACGCACUCCAAGUCCGAAUGCAAACCAGUGAUCUCCUGGAAGGCCAAUACCGAAGCAUGUGGCACUACGGCCACCACAAGCUCAAGCAAAUCGGGCUUGGAGGAAUAUUCGCAGGAUGGAGCCUCUCAUUCUUACGAGACUCAUUCGGUUACGCGGUGUUUUUCUCCACAUUCGAAUACGUCAAGUCACAAUCCUACUACUCAUUCGUGACAUGGUACUACGGAGCCCUGCACCCGGAACACAUCGAAAGUAUACCCUUUUCCGAAUCCCGAUCUGCCAGUGACCGGGGUGUCCCCGUGAUCAAACCGCACUACGCACUGGAACCGGGAUUCCUCUUACUAGCCGGCGUGACGGCCUCAGUCGCACAGCAGGUCAUUCAGCACCCGCUCGGGGUAAUUCAGGACCUGCAUCUGGGCCGAUUGGAGUAUUUGGAUCAUCAGGCUAGUCUGGACCCGUCCCGGCGGCAGAUGAUGCGGCUCUAUUACCACGCGUAUCAGGAGACGCAUAAACGGUGUGCGCGGAAGGCUGCACGUGCGGGUGGAUGGCGGGUGUGGCUUUUCCAAGCAGAAUCCGCCAGUGAAAAAGGAAGCCGUCGUUCAUCAUCCGAUCUCUCCGUCUGGUCAGAUACCGGCGAUCUCGCCGAGCAACUUGCUCACGAGGAUCCGCUAGAUCCUCGCAAGUCCGUGGAUCGUGAGCUUCUGGUUUGGGGUCAUCGUGGUCGGAACCAACCGAAGCGGGUCCACUUUCCCUCACAUUCACAGCUUGACGACGAUCAACAUCAACAUCCCCACUCCACCUCCCACUUCAACCUUGAAAAGAUCCCCAUUCCGAAUCCCCCACCUCGACAAAUCUCCCGUAUUGAACGGGUUCUCGCCGCCAUCAUGUCUCCCCGCAACGGGCGAGCUGCCUCAAUCCAUGGCCUGGUCGGGAAGCCGUUACUCUACUUCACCAGUGUCUUCGUAUCCCUUGGCGUCUUGUAUGUACCACUGAUCCGCAUCCUCUCUGCUUUUGUGCUCACCAGUGCUGACUACCCCCGCAGUCUAUUCGGCUAUGAUCAAGGUGUUAUGAGUGGAAUCAUCACAGGGGAGCACUUCCGAGAUUACUUCGAUCAGCCCUCCCCAGCCACCAUCGGAACCGCGGUCGCCAUCCUCGAGAUCGGAGCCUUUAUAUCUUCCCUGUUAGUGGGGCGCGUUGGGGAUUUGAUCGGCCGGAGGAGGACCAUCCUCUACGGCUCGAUGGUAUUCUUUGUCGGUGGCGCCAUUCAGAGUGCUGCGACGGGCAUGGCUAUGAUGAUGGUGGGAAGAAUUAUCGCUGGUUUGGGCGUUGGUGCCCUGUCGACCAUCGUGCCGGUCUACCAGUCUGAAAUUUCGCCUCCGCAUAAUCGUGGCCAAUUGGCCUGCAUUGAAUUCACGGGUAACAUUGCUGGAUAUGCGACUAGUGUUUGGGUAGACUACGGCUGUAGUUUUAUCGAUAAUGAUUAUUCAUGGCGUCUCCCGCUUCUUGUUCAGUGCGUUAUGGGCGCACUACUUGGUUUUGGAAGUUUGGUCAUUUGCGAAUCCCCUCGAUGGCUCUUAGAUUUCGAUCACGACGAGGAAGGCAUGGUAGUCAUUGCAAAUUUAUACGGCGGGGGAGACAUCCACAGCGACAAAGCACGCCAAGAAUACCGAGAAAUCAAAAUGAACGUCCUGAUCCAACGACAAGAAGGCGAGCGCUCCUACUCCGACAUGUUCCGCCGCUACUGGAAACGAGUCUUAAUCGCCAUGUCCGCGCAAGCAAUGGCCCAAUUGAACGGAAUAAACGUGAUAUCCUACUACGCCCCGCUCGUCUUCGAGUCCGCCGGCUGGACUGGCCGUUCAGCAAUCCUGAUGACCGGCAUCAACGGCAUUUCCUAUCUCCUUUCCACGAUCCCGCCAUGGUACCUAGUUGACAAUUGGGGUCGCCGACCUAUCCUACUCUGCGGCGCAGUGGCAAUGGUCCUCUCGCUCUCCAGCAUCUCAUACUUCAUCUACCUCAAUAUUGACGCCACGCCUGUUCUGACUGUCAUAUUCGUCAUGAUCUACAAUGCUGCCUUUGGCGCUUCCUGGGGCCCAAUUCCCUGGCUUUACCCUCCGGAGAUUCUGCCUCUCAGCAUUCGUGCCAAGGGUGCUAGUCUGAGUACGGCCAGUAAUUGGGCCUUUAAUUGGCUUGUUGGAGAAGUCACCCCCGUUCUUCAGGGCGCUAUUAAAUGGCGCCUCUAUUUAGUUCAUGCUUUUUUCUGCGCUUGCAGUUUCGUACUCGUGUACUUCUUAUACCCCGAAACAAGCGGCGUCCGCCUAGAAGACAUGGACGUCCUAUUCGGCGACGCAACAACCGCCAUGCCCACGCCCGCAACGGAAGGCGAGCGAGGCUCACUCCUAGGCGCAGGCGCCGGAUCACCAGUCCCAUCUCUCGAUAUUCGAAGACCGUAUGGCCAAUUUGGUGCGGAGAGCGCGAUUCCUGGUCUUGAUAUUGAUCCUCCGUCAUUCGAUGGGCCUGGGCCCGGACCUAGUAAUAACAAGGCUAGUUCACCGGGCGUGGGUCGGGGUGAAGGCUUUGGAGGCUGGAUUUCGAAGAUGGUUAAGCGGUCGAGGAGUGGGAGUAGUGCUAGUCAGAGUCAGUAUAGACAAUUAGGGCAAGCGGAGGAUGGGGAUGGUCGAUGA